UACUGUGCGUCACAAUGUGUAAUAUGUCACAGUGUAUGUUAAACUCACGUUCUUUUUCGCUUCAGCCGGCAGUAAUAAAGCAGGACUGAUUUUCAUUUACUCCACUGAAAUACACUGAAACAAUGGCAAAAAAAACUGUUCAACUAUUUUUUCGAGUGUUUACUGAGAUAUCUGAAAGCCGGUGUUCCAGCAUUUGGAGAAAAAACUCAGUCCAAAACUCCAUCAGACAUCUGAGUUCAUGUGGUGUGUUGACACAACGCUGCAGCUUAGUGCCAUUUCCUGUCAAGUUUCAGUCCAUCCCCAAACGUAGUUUCAUUAGCCUGGCUGGCCCAAUUUUAGCACAAAGAAUAAAGUACUCUGAGAAUAGGACUAUUGGGUACUCAGCGUCUCAGAUGUACAAUAUCGUUGCCAACGUGGACCAGUAUCACCAGUUUGUGCCUUGGUGCACGAGGUCAAACGUUAUAAAGCGGAGGAAUGGGAAUAUGCUGGCCCAAUUGGAAAUUGGAUUCCCUCCUGUCAUUGAACGUUAUGUGUCUGAGGUCACAGUAAUUCCUAACUACCAAGUCAAUGCCGUAUGUACAGACUCAUCACUCUUUAGUCACUUCGAGAUGUUGUGGAGGUUCACACCUGCUUCUGGGAACCGAGGAGAUUGCUGUAACGUGGAGUUCUCUGUGUCAUUCGAGUUCAAGUCCUUGCUCCACACUCAGUUAGCAGUGGUGUUUUUCGACGAGGUGGUUAAACAGAUGGUGAACGCUUUUGAGAACCGAGCAGCUAAGCUUUACGGCUGCAAUCAGGAGACAACAGCAUGGUGAGCACAACAUGAGAGCACUGCUGUGUAACUCUCUCAGGGAACUUCAUAAAAGACGUAUCAAAAUCAUGGUGUUUUACCCCCAAAAGAGGCUCUUUUUUGUCAUAUUGUACCGGAUAUUAUACAACUGCUGCUCUCUUGUGUGUACUUUUAUAUAUUUACACACACACACAAACGCACACAUGAAUGCACCAAAAAUUAUUUAUUAUUUUAAUUAAAAGAUUUAUUUUAUUCAGUGUUAGAUUGUAUUAUAAUGUGAGAAUGAAGUGAACAUGUGGGCAUGAAGAAUGCUAUUUUAAUUUGAAAUGAUUUUCAAGAAAUUAAGAAUUUUGCCUUGAAGUUGCUCUGACUGUUAAUGUAUUUCACUGUAUUUAAAAGACAAAUGUAUACUUUUUCUGUAUAUAAUCAUCAAAUGUUUUGUGAAGGUAAUAGCACAAAGCUGUGCGGCACUUUUUUACUUUUACAAAAACUUAUUUAUCUCCAUAAAGUGUAUUUAUGUUUAUAAGAUAAUUUUUUAUUAGAAAUGUAUUAUAACUUCAACACUUCAGCUACCUGUUGGUGUUCCAAGAAACUUGCAUUAUGCCUAGAUCAGGAAUUGAGUGAUUUAAGAGUGAGCACAAAAUAACAAAUACAUAAUUGCUAUUAUAAAUCUCUGCCGACAUGUACUUUCUAUAUACUUUUGAAUUUCAUAACUCAAAAAGUACAAAUAAAAUGCACAAAGGGGGUGCAGUGCAAUUCAGGAACUGAAAUCUAUUUAUUUUGUUCAAUCAAUCAAACACACUUUUUUCAACGUUAUAUCAGGAGGUUGGCUUUAUAUAUGCUUUCUGCUUCUUUUGGACCUUAAUUAAGGUGUAAAAAAAUAAAUAAUUGAAUGGAAUGGAACACACCACAUAUACACAGGGUUUUUUGUUGUUGUAAAACAUCCAAACAGCACAACAUCAAUAUUACAUUUAGAGAGCAGUGCUGGCUAACGACAGGUGACGUAAACUUUAUAAACAAUGCCCUGGCACUUCUAGAAAUACAUCAAAAAAAUAGUUUUAGCUAUUAAAAAAACAACAUUCACCUCUAAACAUAGUUAGUUAUUGCACUAGUUGACUGUUAAUGACAAAUUGGCAGCUGCAGAAUAUUUGAGAAUGGUUGAAAGAUCAACAGCCUUGGAGAACUGUAGACGAUUUCAAUACAACUGUUAUUUGAUGUGUUAAUAAUAAUUUUUUAACAUCUAAUAUUAAGAUUUUCACAGCAUUAAAUCAGCACUACAGGGCAUUUAAUCACAUUUGCUAUCACCAGACUAAGGGACUGUGUAAUAAAGCAGAACACCACAAACACAGACAGAAUGUUUAAGACAAAAAGACAUGACCCUUCCCCCAGAUGUCAAAACUGAUCGAAAUAGUGAUUAUUGGUUGUUGGUGUUGUUUCCAUGGUUACAUAGACAUGUGUUCGGGCAGCACGUAUGAGAUGUCAUCCCAUGGGUGACGGUAUAGACCCUGCUUCAGCCGCUUCUGGUCCAGAUAAUGGCC